ACGAAGGCCUAGCUAGGAAGCCUUCUAACAAGCUUCCUUCCCAGAUCUCGCAGUGGAGGCAGCACGAGAUGACGCUCCCGUGGUGGCUCGCCACCACGGCGUGCGCUCCGCCGCCUGCUGCCUCCUUCGCUGAUCUGCUCGCGUUCCUCUUCCUCUCCCCAUGCCCGCAACGCGCGCUCGUUGGCGCCGUUGACCUCGUAUUCAUCGCCGCCUCCCUCGUCAUCGUCGUCUGCCGCCUCCGAAGAGGAGACCCGAGUGCUGCUGCUCCCGAACGCGAGGCGCUCCUGCAGAAGCCUUCUCAGCCAGCGCCGCCGCUCUUCCGAUAUGCGGUCGCGCUCGGGGUGUCCGCCGUCUUCGCCGCGGCGUCCGUCGUCCUCCUCGCGCUCGCGCUCCUGCUUCUGCCGAGCACGCCGUGGCGCGCCGUGGAGUCCGCCUUCCUCGUCGCUCAAGCCGUUGCGCAUGGCGUGGCCGCGUGGACCGUCGUCUCGUCGGGGAGAGGAGCUGGAGUUGCCUCCGCCGCGCACCCGGCGCACCUCCGCGUGUUCUGGCUCGCUACCGCCCUCGGCGCCGUGCUUUUUGCCGCUUCGGCGGCGGUCCGCGGCGCCGACGGCUCGCUGCUCUUCCCGGACGAUGUUCUCGCUUUCGUCGGCCUGCUCGUCUUGCUGCCUAUGGCGUACGUAGCGGUCACUGGCUUCACAGGCCACGACGCCGGCGCGGGCGAAGGUGAAACAGAGCACACCGGCGCGGAUGCGCCCGCCACACCGUACGCCACCGCAUCGUUCCUUUGGCGAGCGACGUUCAGCUGGAUCAGCCCGCUCAUCUCCAAGGGGUACGUAGCUGACUCCCUCACCGCUGAAGACGUGCCCUCGGUCUCGGCCGGCCACCGCGCCGAGGCGUCGUACGCUCUGUUCAUGUCCAACUGGCCGACGCAGGGGUCGCGGCACCCGGUGGCCGUCGCGCUGUGGCUGUCCUUCUGGCCGCAGCUCGUACUGACCGCGGCUCUCGGCCUCUCGGGCAUGGCGGCCAGUUACAUCGGCCCGUCGCUCAUCGACCAUUUCGUCGAGUUCAUCCGCCGCGGCGGCACGGCGUGGGAGGGCCUCCAGUUAGUCCUCAUCCUGGUCGUCGGCAAGGCGGUCGAGACGCUGGCGUCACACCACUACAACUUCCAGGGGCAGCUUCUGGGCAUGCGCAUCCGCGGCGCGCUGCAGACCGCGCUGUACCGCAAGUCGCUGCGCCUAUCCACCGGCGCGCGCCGGUCGCACGGCACCGGUGCCAUCGUGAACUACAUGCAGGUGGAUGCUGGGAUGGUGUCCUCCGCCAUGCACGGACUCCAUGACCUGUGGCUGAUGCCGCUGCAGAUCGUGGUGGCGCUGCUCCUCCUGUAUGCCUACCUCGGCGCCGCCGUGCUCAUGACGCUUGCCGUCAUCGCUGCAGUGACCGUGAUCACAGCGUUCGCCAACAAGCUCAACCUGUCGUGCCAGCUCAAGUUCCUCAGCGUCCGCGACAGCCGCAUCAAGGCCAUCACCGAGAUGCUGAACCACAUGCGCGUCAUCAAGCUGCAGGCCUGGGAGGAGACGUUCGGCGACAAGGUGCGCGAGCUCCGGCAGGCCGAGCUGGGUUGGCUGGUGAAGAUCAUGCUCUUCAUGUGCGCCAGCAACAUGGUGUUCUCGAGUGGCCCGCUCGCCAUGACCGUGCUCGUGUUCGGGACGUACCUCGCCUCCGGAGGGGUGCUCGACGCCGGCAAAGUGUUCACGGCCACGGCGUUCUUCGGUAUGCUCGACGGCCCCAUGCGGAACUUCCCGCAGACGAUCGUCUCGUCCAUGCAGGCGUUCGUGUCGCUCGGCAGGCUGAACAAGUUCCUGGCGGACACCGAGAUCGACAGCAGGGCAGUGGAGCGCGUCGAGAGCAUUGCCGCGGGCACGGUGGCCGUGAAGGUGCAAGGCGGAGUGUUUGCGUGGGACGUACCGGGCGGCGAGGUGAAUGGCAAGGAUGGCCGGCCGGGCCAUGGCGCGGAGCAGAAUGACCCGGAGAUGGAGACGGUGCUGAAGGGGAUUGACGUGGAGGUGAGGAGGGGUGAGCUUGCUGCGGUGGUCGGGAUGGUGGGUUCCGGCAAGUCGUCUCUGCUGUCUUGCAUCAUGGGAGAGAUGCACAAGGUCUCCGGCAAGGUUAGCGUAUGUGGAAGCACAGCGUUUGUUGCUCAGACCGCUUGGAUCCAAAAUGGAACAAUUCAAGAGAACAUUUUAUUUGGAAAACCGAUGAACCCAGAGAGAUAUUCAGAAAUCAUACGUGCUUGUUGCCUGGAAAAAGAUUUAGAAAUGAUGGAGUUUGGUGACCAAACUGAAAUAGGAGAGCGAGGGAUCAAUCUCAGUGGGGGUCAGAAACAACGCAUUCAGCUUGCAAGAGCAGUUUAUCAAGAUUGUGAUAUAUACCUUCUUGAUGACAUCUUUAGUGCAGUUGAUGCUCAUACUGGAUCAACUAUUUUCACGGAAUGUCUGAAGGGCAUACUCAAGAAUAAGACUAUUUUUCUUGUGACUCACCAAGUGGAUUUUUUGCAAAAUGUGGAUACCGUAUUUGUAAUGAAAGAUGGGCUCGUCAUCCAGUCUGGGGUCUAUUAUGAGUUACUAGCAUCAUGCUCAGAAUUUUCAGCUCUUGUUGCUGCUCAUCAUAGUUCAAUGGAGAUGACAGGGCAACAAGCGUGCCAUGUUCAGAACACUGGGAGUUCUCAGCCUACCAAAUCCAGUAAUGAAAAAGGUGAAACGAUUGCUAUUGCACCAAGCAAAGAAGGAGGUUCCUCUAAGCUGAUCCAGGAAGAGGAAAAGGAGAGUGGCCGAGUAAGCUGGCGUGCGUACAAGCUAUACAUGACCGAGGCCUGGGGUUGGCAGGGUGUUCUGGUCUUUGUAGCCGUGUCACUGCUGUCAGAGGGCUUCAGUAUGGCAAGUAACUACUGGCUGUCAUACGAAACAUCAGGAGGCGCCAUGUUUGACACUUCCAUAUUUCUUGGUGUUUAUGUUUCGAUAGUUGCUGCCACAAUUGUAUGCGAAAUGAUCAGCACUCUUGUUGUGACAUUCUCGGGGCUUCGAUCAGCCCAGGCCUUUUUCAACAAGAUGUUUGACAGCGUUCUACGAGCUCCAAUGUCUUUUUUUGACACCACUCCUUCAGGAAGGAUCCUAAGCCGGGCAUCAUCGGACCAAAUGAAAAUUGAUGUUGUCCUUGUGUUCUAUGUUGGUUUCGCCACAUCAUUGGGCAUUUCAGUGGUUACCAGCAUUGCCGUUACUUGCCAAGUUGCAUGGCCGUCAGUCAUAGCAGUACUUCCGCUACUGCUUUUGAACAUUUGGUACCGGAAUCGUUAUAUUGCAACAUCUCGAGAGCUUACUCGUCUUCAAGGAGUAACAGAGGCGCCGGUUAUUGAUCACCUUACGGAAACCUUUUUGGGUGCUCCAACUGUAAGGUGCUUUAGAAAGGAGGAUGAGUUCUACCAGACCAACUUGGACAGAAUCAAUUCGAAUUUGCGCAUGUCUUUUCAUAACUACGCGGCUAGUGAGUGGCUUGGAUUUCGCCUGGAGCUAAUUGGCACACUAAUUUUGUCUAUAACUGCUUUUCUCAUGAUCAGCUUGCCUGGCAAUUUCAUCAAGAAAGAAUUCGUUGGCAUGUCCCUUUCCUAUGGUCUUUCUCUCAAUUCCUUGGUGUACUACACAAUUCUCGUAAGCUGUAUGAUAGAAAAUGACAUGGUAGCCGUGGAGAGGGUGAAUCAGUACAGUACUAUCCCUUCCGAGGCAGCAUGGCAAGUGGCAGAUUGUCUUCCCUCACCAAAUUGGCCCAGCCGAGGAGAUAUUGACGUCAAAGAUCUAAAGGUUAGGUAUCGGCAAAACACUCCUCUAAUCUUGAAAGGUAUUACGAUAAGUAUUAAGAGUGGGGAAAAGAUUGGAGUUGUGGGAAGGACUGGCAGUGGCAAAUCGACUCUAGUCCAGGCUUUAUUCAGGCUUGUGGAGCCUGCAGAAGGCCAGAUCAUCAUCGAUGGUGUCAAUAUCUCCACUUUGGGGCUUCAUGAUCUCAGAUCUCGCUUUGGUGUGAUUCCCCAAGAGCCUGUGCUCUUUGAAGGAACUGUAAGGAGCAACAUCGACCCAACUGGGCAGUAUUCUGAGGCUGAGAUAUGGCAGGUCCUCGGGUGUUGCCAGCUGAAGGAUAUAGUAGCUUCAAAACCAGAAAAGCUUGACGCACUAGUUGCCGACAUGGGGGAGAACUGGAGUCUAGGGCAGAAGCAGCUCCUCUGCUUCGGCCGCGUUAUACUGAAACGAAGCCGGAUCCUCUUCAUGGAUGAGGCAACCGCUUCUGUUGAUUCUCAAACGGAUGCAGCGAUCCAGAGGAUCAUCCGAGGGGAGUUCGCCGAGUCUACUGUCAUCAGCAUUGCACAUCGUAUAGCGACAGUCAUGGACAGCGAUAGAGUUCUGGUGCUGGAUGCAGGGCUAGUGAAAGAGUUCGACGCACCCUCCAAGUUGAUGGGGAGGCCGUCACUCUUUGGCGCCAUGGUUCAGGAGUACACAGCGCGCUCUUCUAGCUCGCAGGGAACGGAUGAUGACACCAUAUUUUCACCGCAAAGCCGAUAGACUUGGAACCACAAAGCUAGGUAUAUUAGUAUACAACACCUGACGAAAGGGGAAAUAAAUUAUCGGAGAGAUUUUGCAAGCUUGCAAUUGCAAGCACAAUGCGUUGUAAUUUCCUGUUCACGAGUGGACCGACGUUCAUGCAGGCAGAGAACAGACAUCAAUGAGGUCCCAUUUGGACACAGUAGUUUCAAUGGAUUUUAUAGGAGAUAGCUCAAAACUCGGAGGAUGAUUUUUGCAUUUUAAGUUAUUUGUACAUGACCCACAAAUCACUAAGAGAGUCUCUCAACUAAGAAACAAUAAAUAUUCUCUCUGGUACAAUCAAAAUGCUUUUUACUGACGUGAGAC